AUGGAUGAUUCCUUUGUAGGUAUGUCUGGUGGUGAAAUUUUUCAUGAAAUGAUGUUAAGACAUGGUGUUAAACAUGUCUUUGGAUAUCCUGGUGGUGCCAUUCUUCCUGUCUUUGAUGCCAUUUAUGAAUCAAAAUAUUUUGAGUUUGUUCUUACAAGACAUGAGCAAGGUGCUGGACAUAUGGCAGAAGGCUAUGCUAAAGCAACUGGUAAACCUGGUGUAGUUCUCGUCACUUCAGGCCCAGGUGCAACUAAUGUUGUAACGGCAAUGGCAGAUGCUUUAGCUGAUGGUGUACCACUUGUUGUUUUCACUGGUCAAGUACCUACUUCUGCCAUUGGUACUGAUGCUUUUCAAGAAGCUGAUGUUGUGGGUAUUUCUCGCGCAUGUACAAAAUGGAAUGUCAUGGUAAAAGAUAUAUCUGAACUUCCUCGUCGUAUUAAUGAAGCAUUCACGAUCGCUACAAGUGGACGUCCUGGACCUGUUCUUGUUGAUUUACCUAAGGAUGUCACAGCAGGUAUCCUCAAACGUCCUAUUCCAACCACGGCCAUCAUUCCUCAACGACCUACCACCAUUCCAAAUACGGCUGUAGCUGCAUUUACAGAGGAAGCGAGUUCAAAGCCUCAUCCCUCCAUUACUCGUGCUGCUGAUCUUAUUAAUAACGCGAAACGACCUGUCAUUUAUGCUGGUAAUGGCGUCAUCAGUCACCCAGAGGGUCCUCACUUCUUAGCGACACUUGCAAAUCAAGGGAAUAUCCCCGUCACAACCACACUUCAUGGCUUAGGCUCUUAUGAUGAAACGGACCCUAAAUCAUUACAUAUGUUGGGAAUGCAUGGUUCCUGUUAUGCCAAUCUAGCGAUGCAACACGCUGAUCUCAUCAUUGCUCUCGGUGCUCGCUUUGAUGAUCGUGUGACGGGUAGUGUGGCAGCGUUUGCACCUGAGGCAAUGAAGGCUGCUAAGGAAGGACGUGGCGGGAUCCUUCACUUUGAAAUUAUGCCAAAGAAUAUCAAUAAGGUAGUAGAAGCAACAGAGGCGAUUGAAGGUGAUGUGACUGAGAACCUCAAGAAAUUGAUACCUUACAUUAAACCCACAACAGAACGAAAUGAAUGGCUUGAUCAAAUUGCUAGCUGGAAGCAAUCCUAUCCAUUUUACUAUGAAAGGACAACAAAGGAUGAUGAAAAAUUGAAACCUCAACAGGUGAUUGAAGAACUGGAACGACAGACAAGGGACGUGAAAGACAAAGUCACGAUCACGACCGGAGUUGGACAACAUCAAAUGUGGACGGCUCAAUAUUAUCGAUGGAAGACGCCUCGCUCAUUUAUUACCUCAGGUGGAUUAGGUACAAUGGGCUAUGGUCUACCUGCCGCAUUAGGUGCAAAAGUAGCGAAACCAGAUCAUAUCGUGGUUGACAUUGAUGGUGAUGCCUCCUUUUCUAUGACAGCUAUGGAAUUAGCGACGGCAGCUGAAUUCAAUAUUGGGGUUAAAGUCAUGUUGUUAAACAACUCAUUCCAAGGUAUGGUGAAACAAUGGCAAGAUUUGUUUUAUAAUAACCGUUAUUCAAGUACGGUCAUGAAGAAUCCUGACUUUGUCAAACUUGCAGAAGCGAUGGGUAUUAAGGCUAUUCGUGUUUCAAAGGCAUCCGAGUUAGAAGAAAAGAUGAAAGAAUUCUUGGCCUAUGAGGGUCCUGUCUUGAUGGAUGCUGUUGUUUGUAAAAAUGAAGUUUUAUUCCCAAUGGUUCCUGCGGGCAAACCUUUAGAUAACUUUAUGGUUCAUCCACAUAUUGCUGCUCAAAACAAGAAAUAA